AGGAAUGUUCGCAAGCGGGCAAAAGUGGUGUGGACAUGUUUCGUUUGCAAACUGGGAAAAUCAUCUUCAGAGGCGCUAUCGGUUCUACCGUGGCCUGGAGAAUCUGUUACUGAAAAUUUCUAUGGGCAAGUUUUUCAGAGUUUGCAGGUCGGGUGAGGGAGUGACAGGUCGAGUGGCAAGGUAAAGUGGUGCCAGCAUCACGGUAACGCGCCCAGCCACAUAUCGCUUGUUGUCCAGAAAUUCCUCGCCGAGAAGCUUUCCUGUCUUCUCUCAACCACCGUACUCUUUGGAUCUCGCUCCCAGAGACUAUUGGCUGUUUCAUAACCUGAAAACGAGCCUAAAAGUGAACAAUUUUGUAACCGUGGAGGACAUGAAAUUGAGUGCGACGACUCAGCUCCGACAAGUGCUGAAAGAACUCUUCUACCGCUCCUAGCAACAACGGCAAGAAUGGUGGAGCAAGUGUAUGGGUACGCAAGGAUCCUACUUCGAAGGUAUGUACCCAUAUAUAGUUGCUCGUCAAUGAAAAGGUACCUCUCAUUUUGUGGAGUAAAUGGCAACCAUUCAAUUGGUAAUUCUGGAGUCCGAUGUGGAGUUGGAUUUCUGUAGGGAUGGAAAUGUUUGUUUCAAUCUUCACUUAUAGAUUUCAGGAAAGGGACUCCUGAGGACGCAUCAGAAUCUGUGAGAACCAGAAGUUUAUACACAGCUUACUCCUACCACGAAGAGACUGUGGAAAGUUGUCAAGAGAACUGGCGAGAUCCAGAAUCGUCCGAGUCGGGUCCGGCGAUAGUGACCCCGUACGGCACCAUCUCCCUGCGCCUCCACGAGCGCGUCCGCGUGGACAUGACCAUAGACCGCGCCGUGCGGAUCAUCAACCACAAGAACAACAUCGUCAUUUGCCUGAGCGGUUGCGGCUCGGCAGCCGCUCUCCUGCACCCCAACGGUCGCGUGUACCAAUAUGCGAAGAUGUGGUACAAAGGAGUGAGCUUUACUUCUGAACAAUGUGCAUUGGUGUACUUAGUGGAUGCUGCUGGUACACGUACAACCACAGAUAAUUUCUGUGAUAUGGGGCAAGACUUUUCAUUACCUGUGUUCUACAAUGACUCUCGUCAUGGACCUUCAUAUUUUCAAGAAGCUGUGUCAAUUCUCCAGAGCUCUCAGUACUGGGUAACUGAAGAAGGCAUUGAAAACUGGAUUGUUAAUAACGUUAGGGUAUCACAAACCCAAGAUGGCCUUGUAAGAGUUGCUCGUAACAGCAACAAAUAUCAGCUGCGUACAUCCCCUUCCAAUGGUACUGCAUCCCUCACUACCCCUUUCCUGCACUGCACUGCCUCCAUGGGGCAAACUUCUCACCUCUUUGUUCGACGUGGUGAAAGACGCAUGCAUUAUGAUGGAGCCAGCUUCAUCGUUCGGAAUGCUGGUCAUUCUGCAGGUUUUGAUGAGAAGAACCAACUGAAGGUGUACUAAGGAGUUUGUCUUCAGUGAAGAUUUUUACAUUUCCCCGAGCAGCGUUAUUACACUCUCAGCUUACUGCAUGUAUUGUUAUUUGUUUCAUCUCUACCCUUUGUUUUGUAAAACUAUUGCAAUAUGCAUUACUUCUACGUGUACCCGACAAGGAGUGAACAGUGAUUUAUCCACUAAGACAGUGCACAGUAUUCAGUUCCAACAAAUUUAUUUUGUGUAAUAAUGAUCAUUUCAAUUUUUGCUACCAACAACUGUAACAUGUAAUGUCAUUUCAACAAUAAAAGUAUAUAGUUGACUGUCA